CUAAGACUCGGCAGGGUGCAGGUCAUGACUGAUAAGUCGAUUCGCAUCGCAUUGCUCUGUCUGGGGGCAGCAGCUACCUUUGCUGAUCCGCUGCUGGUGGAGCUGCCGCAUGGAAGGCUACGUGGACGCGAUAAUAAAGGAUACUACAGCUACGAGUCGAUACCCUAUGCGGAGCCACCUGUGGGGGAACUGCGCUUCGAGGCACCACAGCCAUAUACCCAGCAGUGGAAGGAGACCACCUUUGAUGCCAGUCAACCACCUGUGCUCUGCAUGCAAUGGAGCCAGUUCAUCAAACAGGCAGAUAAGCUGACGGGCAGUGAGGAUUGUCUAACUGUCAGCGUAUACAGACCAAAGAGCUCCACUCGCAGCACGUUUUCAGUUAUUGUGCUAAUACAUGGCGGCUGCUUCAUGUUUGGUGGUGCUGCGGAAAACGGACACGAGCCGCUCAUGGCCAGCGGCAAUGUGAUUGUGGUUAAGAUCAGCUAUCGGCUGGGACCACUGGGUUUUGUUAGCACCGGCGACGGCACUUUGCCGGGCAACUUUGGAUUGAAAGAUCAGCGUCUGGCCUUGCAUUGGAUCAAGCAAAAUAUUGCUCGCUUCGGUGGAGAGCCGGAAAAUAUACUUGUUCUUGGCUUCUCCUCAGGCGCUGCCGCGGUGCAUUUGCAGCUGCUGCAAGAGGAAUUUAAGCAGCUCGCCAAGGUGGCUGUGUCCAUUAGCGGAAAUGCCCUGAAUCCUUGGAUUGUGCUUAAAAGUGGACGUAGACGUGCGUUUGAGCUGGGUCGCAUGGUGGGCUGUGGCCUUCUAAGUGACUCUGCUGAGCUCAAAAAGUGUCUGAAAACUAAGGAUGCAGCGCAACUAGUCAAAGCUGUGCGUGAAUUCCUGGUAUUUGACUAUGUGCCCUUUACUCCCUUCGGCCCUGUGGUAGAGUCCGUUGAUGCUGCUGAACCUUUCCUCACUCAACAUCCCACUGACAUUAUCAAGAGUGGAAAGUUUGCCCAAGUGCCUUGGCUAGUAUCAUACACCCAGGAGGAUGGCACUUACAAUGCUGCCCUUCUACUGGCUAAGCAAUCAAAUGGAAGAGAGCUGAUUGAGGAACUGAACAGUCGCUGGUAUGAGCUGGCACCCCAUUUACUGUUCUAUCGCGACUCUAAGAAAACAAUUGAGGAUAUGGACGACUACUCGCGGGACCUGAGGCAAGAAUAUCUGGGUAAUCGAAACUUUAGCUUGGAGAACUACUUGAAUGUGCAACGCAUGUUUACGGACGUAUUAUUCAGAAAUGAUACAAUACGCUCUAUAGAGCUGCAUGGGAAGUACGGAAAGAGUCCAGUUUAUGGCUACGUCUACGAUAAUCCCGCUAAUCAAGGCAGUGGAUAUUGGCUGUCAAAACGAAACAAUGUUUCUUUUGGCUCAGGGCAUUGGGAUGAUUUCUUUCUAAUAUUUGACAAUCCCGUUCGCCACCCUCUGCGCUCAGACGAGAAAAUUAUUUCCAGGAACCUGAUAAGAAUGAUGGAGAGCUUUGUGCAAAGCGACAAUGGGACUUUGACUUAUGACAAUUGUGUUUUGCGAGAUAAUGUGGACCAAGAGCAGCUGAAAUUGCUUUCAAUCAAACGUAACAGCUGCGAGGUGCUUCAAGUGAGAUAGUUCCUUUAAAGUCUGCUCAAUUAGCUUGCACGCCUUAAAUCAAACCUAUAUAAUUGCCUCUUGAUCAGUAUUUAAUUUAUGUAAUUAGAUACAAUUAAUAUGACAUUUAUAAUGGUCGUUGAACUCAUUCCAUUUUGGCUUGAAAUGCUUUUGCAUUGAUUUCACAACCUUUCCCAAAUAACCUGAAAUUCGAUAUGUAAGCUUUUGGGCAAAUUAGAAUACUGGUUAUUCAUUACUUUAAAAUAAAGACGC